CUUGACAAUACCUAGAGGAAAGAAGAGAAAAAGGGUUGGUGUCAAGGAAACUUCCCUUUUCACCUUUAACCUUUUCAAUUCUUCGUCAACCCUCUAAUUUUUCUCACAAAAUUUCUUGAACUUUCGUCCUUUUUCCCCUUUGAUCCGAUUUUGAUCUCGUUCUUAUGGCCACCACGGGGAACAAACACAUCAAUGCUAAAUUGGUGUUGCUUGGAGAUGUUGGAGCUGGAAAGUCUAGUCUUGUGUUGCGCUUCGUUAAAGGGCAAUUUGUUGAAUUUCAGGAAUCAACUAUAGGUGCUGCCUUUUUUUCACAAACAUUGGCUGUAAAUGAUGCCACUGUAAAGUUUGAGAUUUGGGAUACAGCAGGUCAAGAGAGGUACCAUAGUUUGGCACCAAUGUACUACAGAGGAGCUGCAGCCGCCAUUAUUGUCUAUGAUAUAACAAAUCAGGCCUCAUUUGAACGUGCUAAGAAAUGGGUCCAAGAGCUUCAAGCGCAAGGCAAUUCAAACAUGGUUAUGGCACUUGCUGGGAAUAAAGCUGAUUUGCUGGAUGCUAGGAAGGUCAAUACAGAGGAUGCUCAAGUUUAUGCUCAAGAGAAUGGACUUUUCUUUAUGGAAACCUCUGCAAAAACAGCAUCUAAUGUCAAUGACAUUUUCUAUGAAAUUGCAAAGAGACUACCUCGUGUGCAGCCGGCACCUAACCCACCAGGAAUGGUUCUCAUGGACAAACCUGCUGAGAGGACAGCAACUGCAUCAUGUUGCUCUUAGGUACUCAGGUGGUAGUGAUCACCGCCCUCCCACCUGCUUGUGUCUUCUACAUAGCUCCUAUAAUGCUUGCUGGAAUUCAAAGCCUCUCUUCUGUCAAGGUUUCCCUGAUGUAUUAUUCAUCUGAAAAUCAAAACUGUGCUUGCGUGCUUUGUAGGGAUGCGCUUGUGUUGUCUGGUAACCGUAAUUGGGGACUGCAUCUCUUGUUUCUGUUAUAAAAAUACGUGGGUUUGAAUGUAAAUGAAUUUGUUGUUAUUCAUCUCGUCUCUGUUAUAAAAAUACACGGAUUAUGAAAUGCAA